CUUAUACCAUUUAAUUUAUAAUCGAGGAAAAAGAAAGUGAAAGUUUAACUGAAUUCGUAGGGCUAAACAAAUAAAACAUAUUUUACUCUGAAAAUAUACAUUCAAAUGUUUAUCAAAUGCGAAGAUUUAAAGCGCAAAGUACUUGCGAUGCAAUCAAAUACAUCAUCAGAAAACCAACCAUUGUAUAAAAUCAAGCGCAUGAAUUAAAAAUGCUGUUUUACUAAAAAAAAAAAUUGAACUAUCCCGCUGAUAAUCUAGAAAACAUUGACCAAUUGCAAAAUAUAAAAGUAAAAAGAGCAAACAGGGAAAAGGCGUGGUAGAGAGAGUGUUGGUGCUGGGUAAGCUGGAGCAUGAGAGACAGCUAUGCCUUCGGUACGUCCUGGUAGUCUUAAAGAUCCGGAAAUAGCCGAUCUAUUUAACAAGCAUGAUCCGGAGAAGAUUUUUGAGGAUUUGCGCGAGAUCGGUCAUGGAUCGUUUGGUGCCGUUUAUUAUGCCCGCUGCAAUCUCACCAAGGAGAUUGUGGCUAUCAAGAAGAUGUCGUAUACGGGUAAACAGAGUCAAGAGAAGUGGCAGGACAUACUCAAAGAGAUUCGUUUCCUACGUCAAUUAAAUCAUCCCAAUACUAUUGAGUACAAAGGCUGCUACCUACGUGAGUCGACCGCCUGGCUAGUGAUGGAGUAUUGUGUGGGUUCCGCCUCGGAUAUAAUCGAGGUGCACAAGAAACCUCUACACGAGGACGAAAUAGCCGCCAUCUGCCUGGGUGUACUCAGUGGCUUGAGUUAUUUGCACUCCCUUGGUCGCAUCCACCGUGACAUAAAGGCUGGAAACAUUCUACUUACAGACAACGGUAUCGUUAAACUGGCUGACUUCGGCAGUGCGGCCAUCAAGUGCCCUGCUAACAGCUUCGUCGGUACUCCCUAUUGGAUGGCUCCCGAGGUUAUACUGGCUAUGGACGAAGGCCAGUACGAUGGCAAGGUGGAUGUGUGGUCAUUGGGCAUCACCUGCAUUGAGUUGGCUGAACGAAAGCCGCCCUACUUUAACAUGAACGCCAUGUCCGCACUCUAUCACAUUGCUCAAAAUGAGUCGCCGAUGCUUCCGAAGAAUGACUGGUCAGAUGCGUUCUGUAGAUUUGUCGAGCUAUGCCUCAAAAAGAUGCCUGUCGAGCGUCCUUCUUCGGAAGAGCUCUUAAUGCAUGAGUAUGUUACACGACCACGCUCAGAUACGGUCCUGUUAGAACUAAUAGCUCGCACCAAGUCAGCCGUGCGAGAAUUGGAUAACCUCAACUACCGCAAGAUGAAAAAGAUACUCAUGGUGGACACGUGCGAAACAGAGAGUACCAUGGGCGAUGCCGAUGACCAACAGGACGAUCAUAUCGGCGGUGACAGCAGCAGGAGCAAUAGUAUUACUUCGGAACACUCCAUACACUCUGUUGGUGUAUCGGCAGCAAGUAGCCAGAGUUCAUCAUCAAAUUCCAUACCGGCUGCGGCACAGAAUCAUCAUCAGCGGCAAGCUGCUGCUGCCGUGGCAGUUGCCAUGCAUCAUCACUAUCAUUUACAACAGGCUCAGCCCAGCAGGCCAAGUGUUGGCGGAGGACAGCAGCAGGUGGUUCCAGGCGGCGCAGCUUCGCGGCAUCGUAAUCGACCGCCGCUGCCAAACAUCAUGCACAGCAUGAACAAUAAUGUGACGCCGACGAACUCGGCAUCUGUGGUGCCAGCGCCUGUACCGGCUCUAUCCGUGAUCACACAUCUAAGCGGAAUAGGUCAUGGCACAGGAGGCAGCAGUGGAGGGCUGCAGGCCUCCGGCCCUGGCACUGAUCGUAUGCCACCCAUCGUAUGUCAGCCGCGCUAUCUGACAACUGCCGCCCAGACAGCCGUUUACGCUGCCUCUUCGGCCUCCUCGCACCAUGCCAUCUCCAAUGCAGUCAACGAACACGGCCCCAAUAACUUUGCCACCAUACGCACCACCAGCAUUGUCACCAAGCAGCAGAAGGAGCACAUGCAGGAAGAAAUGCACGAACAAAUGUCGGGCUACAAACGGAUGCGACGAGAGCAUCAGGCUCAUCUUGUGAAGCUCGAGGAUAAAUGCAAGAUUGAUAUGGAAGCACAUAAGGCAGCCCUUGACAAGGAAUAUGACACUCUGUUGCAUAAUUUCACCAGGGAUCUGGAACGUCUCGAGAAUAGGCACCAGCAGGACGUGGAGCGUCGAUCAAAACAGACUAGCACAGCCGAAAAAAAACUACACAAAGAGAUUUCACUGAAGCAAGACGGCGAUCGCAAGGUUUUUGACUUAAAUCGCAAAAAGGAGUACAAAGCAAAUAAAGAGCGUUGGAAACGAGAGCUCUCUAUGGACGACACAACGCCGAAGCGUCAACGUGAUCUUACCUUGCAGUCGCAGAAGGAUAAUCUGAAGCAACACGAGGCGCAAGAGGAGCAACGUAUGCUACAUGCACAAAAGCAUUAUAUUGACCUCGAGAUGCGCAAGUUCAAGCGAAAGCGAAUGGUUGUGAACCACGAACAUGAUAAUCAGCAGUUGCGAGACGAGCUCGGCAAGAAGGAACAGCAGCUAGAGCAAGCGCAUGCCAUGCUCUUAAAGCAUCACGAAAAGACACAGGAACUGGAGUAUCGCCAGCAAAAGAGCGUUCACCAGUUGCGAGAGGAGCAGAUAAACAAGCAACACGACACGGAGUUGCACAAUCAAAAAGACUAUAUGGAUCGCAUUAAAAAGGAGCUGCUACGCAAGCAUGCCCUUGAGCUAAGACAACAGCCCAAAAGCCUGAAGCAAAAAGAGCUGCUUAUACGUAAACAGUUUCGUGAAACUUGCAAAACGCAAACGAAACAAUACAAACGUUAUAAGGCGCAAGUUUUACAAACGACACCAAAAGAACAACAGAAAGAAGUUAUCAAACAGCUAAAAGAGGAAAAGCAUCGGAAGCUUACGCUGUUAGGUGAACAGUAUGAACAAAGCAUUGCAGAUAUGUUUCAAAGUCAAAGCUAUAAAUUGGACGAAAGUCAAGUGAUCGAGUGCCAACGAACUAAUGAGCAAUUGGAAUACGAACUGGAUAUGCUGACCGCUUAUCAAAACAAGAACAAGAAACAAGCACAGGAACAGCGAGAUCGUGAGCGUCGUGAGUUGGAGAAUCGUGUCAGCGUACGUCGUGGUCUCCUUGAAAACAAGAUGGAUGCCGAGUUGCAGCAAUUCAAUCAGGAACGCGCUGAACGCUUGCGCAUGAAACAUGAAAAGCAAGCUAGAGAACUGGAAGCAUUUGAUAAUGAAUCCCUUGCUUUAGGUUUCAGCUCUUUAUCGCUGGCUGAGGUGUCUCGCGAAGCCUACCCAGAUGACGAAGCAAGUCUCUCUGGAUCUAUGAUUAGUUUAGCGCAUAGCAAUAGUUCAACAAGCUUUCCAGCUGGUUCGCUAUAG